CGGCCAUGGUAUCUAGUCCCAACGACGCGCCAGGUACACAAACCUUCCCUACGCAUCCAUCACCUUCAUCUUCUAUCUCGGAUACCAUUAUCUGUCAAUUGAAUUGGCACAUUUACAUAUCUCAUACCCGCUGAUAACAACAUUCUGAGCUCAACAGUUCCUCUUCUCAAAAAGAUGUUCGCUGCCCGUCGCCUCGUUACCUGCGCCCCUCGCGCCGUGUCCCGGAGGGCGCUGUUUCACAGCACUGCGCCAGCCUUCGUCCAAAAGGGAGACGCCAUUCCAGAUCUCGACGUGCUGGUCGAGAGUUCACCUGGAAACAAAGUCAAUCUUGCAAAGGAGCUCAAGGGAAAGGGGGUUAUUAUCGGUGUCCCUGCUGCUUUCAGCCCGGCUUGCUCUAGCUCCCACGUGCCAGGAUAUAUCAACCACCCCAAGCUCAAGGAAGCCGGCCAGGUCUUCGUGGUCUCAGUCAAUGAUCCCUUUGUGAUGAAGGCUUGGGGCGUUUCCCUUGAUGCCACCGGCAAGAGUGGUAUCCGCUUUCUGGGCGAUCCGACCGGCAAGUUCUCGGAGGCGCUCGAUGUCACCUUCGACAGCAGCUCAAUCUUUGGGAAUCAGAGAAGCAAGCGCUAUGCGCUUGUCGUUGAGGAUGGAAAGGUUAAGGAGGCUUAUAUCGAGCCUGAUAACACCGGUGUCAACGUCUCGGCGGCCGAGAAGGUGUUGGGUUAGACAACGAUAGGUAUCAGAAAUUCACAGUGUGGAUUUUGAUGAUCCUGUUGAUGGUACAAUGGUAACUCCCAUCAUAUGUAGUCUAUAGCCAAAGGCGAUGUAUGCUAGAAAUCCUCCUAGCGCCUGAUUGUUCAAUACCCAAGUGCGAUAAGGGCAUCUGGAAUAUAC